AUACAAAACGCCUUUAAAUCUUCUCUCAACUCACAAGUGUUUCUUCUUGAAGUUGAAUCAUCGAAUAGUGCUCAUCAUCAAACUACGUGUUGUUUUUUCAGUUGGAAUUAUCACAUUUUAACUUUAUUCAUCACCAAACUAUAGUAUUAUUAUUAUCAUUGUAGCCUUUAUUUGACUUUAAAGGCUUGCUCUAGAUUAACAAUUAACAACAUAUAACAAGUUGGAAAAUGCCUUGCCUUGGACAGUGCUUUUGUUCACUUUCAUCCAUCUUUAACAAACAAGAUGGUAAGAGUAGAAUUCAAUAUAGAAAAUUAUACGGCUCACCUGGUACUACUCCUAGUGGUUCUGGUUGCUGUAAUUCAAAUCCUAGUAGUAUAAUAUCUUCAAAUUAUCCACAAGCAUUACCAUUCGGAAGAGAGAUUUUGAAUGUUGAUAUUACUUGUGGCGGUGCUAAUUUGAAUGAUAAUGAAAUAAUUGAAAUUAGAAGAGCUUUGGUUGAACACCAUUUACUGCUUUUCAGAUGUCAGAAACCACUUUCACCAAAAGAACAGACACAAUUUUGUGAAAAACUUUUUGGAGAAACUUGUAGAUAUCCAUAUCCUGUGAAUCAGUAUGAGAAAAUUUGGAAUGAUGAGCUGGACACUAUUAUUCCUGGACAUCCUGAUAUUUGGAAAGUAGUUUCAUCAUCAUAUUCUCUUGCAAAUCAAAGAGUGUUAUCGAAAUGUGCAUUAAUGUCAGCUUGCCCUGUUUCUCCUCAACCUUCUAAUAUUUCUCCUCAACCUCCAAAUAGUAACACUCAAAUGCAACAAUAUUCACCAUAUCAAAUACCACAACAACUCCCACAACAACUUCCACAACAAAAUAUGUACAAUUCUCCUCAAAAGUUUAACUCGCCUCCUUCUUACCAAAAUCAAAACUAUGGUUCUUCAUUCCAAUCCUCAUUCACUUCUAAUUAUCAAAGUUACUCACCAUCUUCCCAAAGCGUUCAACCUUACCAAAAUCAAAUGCCAAAUCAAAAUCAAAUGCAAUAUCAAACACCAUACUCUCCAAUGAAAUCAGAUUCUGCCUUUUCUCCAAUGCCAAUGUCUCCUUCUUCCUUUGUUAAUAACCCACCAAAUGUGACAACUUAUAACAUUGACAAACCAACAUUUGCUGCAGGCAAUUUCUUUUAUUGGAAUUGUGAUGGGUCAUAUCGUCAUGAGGUUCAUCCUACUCCUAUUACAGUUUGGAAUGCAGCUUUCUGUAAUAAGGAAGAGGAAAUUUUGUUUACUGACCUACAACUGGCAUAUGAAAGAAUGGAAGACAAGGUCAAGGAAAAGACUGGCAAAGUUUUCAGUAUUGUCAAAGGACCAACAAGUACGGCUAUUCAACCUUUGGUUAGAAAACACCCUGUAACAACCAAGAAAAGUUUGUAUUUGCACACUGGCCUUCUUUCAGGGUUUUUGGUAUCCUCAGAUGAGUGUAAUUCUGGUCAAACUUGUGAAUUACCACCUUCAGAUAUUAACAAUACUAUUAAUUUGCCUGAAACAAAGAUUAAGACAAUGGGUUGUUCAUGUUGUAAACAAUUCAAUCAAUGUCUUAUUAAUCAUUUAGAUAAUGGUCCAAUUUUCAGACAUAAAUGGAGGCAAGGAGAUAUCAUAAUUUGUGAUAACAUGUCAGUUGCCUUUAGAGGAGUUUAUAAACCAAAUCUUACACAAGGACAAGACGCAAUACUCUACAAAACCUCUGUAGAUACUCAUGAUGUUUUUUGGUUGAGAGACACAUCUGAUAUCUAUAAGCAACAAAACUAAUAAACUAUUGACAAUUUAAAUUAUUUC